AUGCGAUCAGCUGUUCUAAUAUUCUUUUGUUCUUUGCUGGUGAGUGCACUGGCCGAUCAGUGUGCGGAUGGGUAUCACUGGAAUGGCAAGCUGAACACGUGUGUCAUGCCCGUUCAAAACUACAACACUUACCAACAAAGCAGCGAUAUCUGCACGAAGGCGCAAGGUGCCCUAUUCUCCGUUCACGACCAGAACAGCAAUGAUGCGCUGGUGGGUGAGGCACGCAUGUAUUUCAUCUACAUGUACUACCUUGGCGCUACUCGAUCGGGUGAUUCGUGGAAGUGGAUUGAUGGCAGCGCGAUGGACUACACCAACUGGGCACCCGGACAGCCAUCCAACGCCGGCAACUGUUUAACCGCCGACGUUUUCAGCCACCAAUGGAGUGUGGCCGAUUGCGCUACCGAGGCACAGGCAUUCUGUGGUCCGAUGAAGAAA